CUUUGGUGAUUGACAUUAACCAAACUUUUAGUGAUAUACAAUUUGUGGUUAUAAACAACUUUCUCUUCUUUAAUCUCUUCUCUGAUCAUUCUUCUUUAAUUUCUUAAAUUUUUUUCAGCCUUUGAUCGAAAGCAGAAUUGUUAUUAGAACAAAUUUUGUUAUUUCUGAAACCCUCUAGUUAUCUGGAGGCGACAACAAAAUUGGAGUUUGAGUUUGACUUAAAGUCAUCAAUAAUUUGAAUUACUAAGGCGCAUCUCUCUAAUGAAUUGUCACCUACCUAACCGAGAAUCAUUUACUUUGCUAGAUUCUGCAUUCAGAUUCUUAUAUGUACCUUGUGAAGCUUGGAGACUCAAGAGGAAGCUUCAGUAACAUCUCUUAAUGAUGUCUGAAGAUGGAUACAACAUAGAUUUCCCAAGAAACCCUCUUCACAUCUUCUUUAGUGAUUUCAGGUCAGUUUUGAAAUUUGAUGAGCUUGGUUUGGAGAUAGCACGAAUAGCUUUACCCGCAGCACUUGCUUUAACAGCUGAUCCUAUUGCAUCUCUAGUUGAUACAGCCUUUAUAGGCCAAAUUGGUCCUGUAGAGCUUGCUGCAGUUGGAGUCUCUAUAGCUUUGUUCAACCAAGUUUCAAGAAUCGCUAUUUUCCCACUCGUUAGCAUCACAACUUCAUUUGUAGCAGAGGAAGAUGCUUGUAGCUCUCAGCAAAACACAGUCCAAGAUCAUAAAGAAUGUAUUGAAACUGGUACUAACAACAAUACAACGGAAGAAACUCAAGAAUUGAUUCCUGAAAACAGUAAAGAUUCUUCAUCAGAUGAAUCUAAAGCAGUCAGUAGUAUCUUUAGUGUUAGUAAACCUCCAACCAAGAAACGAAACAUACCAUCAGCUUCAUCUGCUUUAAUCAUUGGAGGCUUUCUCGGCCUUUUUCAAGCCGUGUUUCUUAUAUCCGCAGCCAAACCUCUCUUGAGUUUCAUGGGAGUUAAACACGAUUCUCCAAUGCUAAGACCUGCUCAGAGAUAUCUAUCUCUUAGAUCACUUGGUGCACCUGCUGUUCUACUCUCACUUGCGGCACAAGGCGUUUUCCGCGGAUUUAAAGACACAACAACUCCGUUAUUCGCUACUGUGAUUGGAGAUGUCACAAACAUAAUUCUCGACCCGAUUUUCAUAUUCGUUUUCCGUCUAGGCGUAACAGGAGCAGCCACUGCUCAUGUUAUAUCCCAAUACCUUAUGUGUGGAAUACUCUUGUGGAAACUGAUGGGUCAAGUUGAUAUCUUGAACAUGAGUACCAAACAUCUUCAGUUCUGUAGAUUCAUGAAAAAUGGCUUUCUUUUGUUGAUGAGAGUAAUUGCGGUAACAUUCUGUGUGACUCUUUCCGCGUCACUAGCUGCACGAGAAGGAUCAACUUCCAUGGCAGCUUUCCAAGUUUGCUUGCAGGUCUGGUUAGCUACUUCUCUUCUUGCAGAUGGAUUCGCCGUCGCUGGCCAGGCAAUACUAGCGAGCGCGUUUGCCAAAAAGGACUACAAAAGAGCUGCAGCUACCGCUUCUCGUGUACUGCAGUUGGGAUUGGUUCUCGGCUUUCUUCUCGCGGUUAUACUUGGAGCAGGACUGCAUUUUGGAGCAAGAGUAUUUACAAAAGACGAUAAAGUUUCACACCUAAUUAGCAUAGGACUUCCGUUUGUGGCAGGAACACAACCAAUAAAUGCCUUAGCGUUUGUGUUCGAUGGUGUCAACUUUGGAGCAUCUGAUUUCGGUUACGCAGCAGCUUCACUAGUAAUGGUGGCUAUAGUUAGCAUCUUGUGUUUGCUCUUUCUCUCAUCGACUCAUGGGUUUAUUGGACUUUGGUUUGGUCUCACCAUCUACAUGAGCCUUAGAGCAGCAGUUGGAUUAUGGCGGAUUGGGACAGGAACAGGACCUUGGUCUUUUCUUAGAAGCUGAUGAAGAAGGAUUUUAAAGGGAGGAGCAUGUUUUUAAUUGUUCUUAAAACCUUUACUGAGGUUGUAACUAAAUAAAUAAAUAACAAAGAGUAUUAGUCUGGAGAUAUAAAUAAUGCUAAGCGAUUUUACUGCUGCU